AAACGCCAGCAGAGAGAUAGAAUCAGUGAACUCCCAGCACAUAUAGUUGACAUGAUUUUGGGAUUAUUACCGAUUGAACAAGCUGCUAGAAUGACUGUUUUGUCUACCUUUUGGAGAGAUAUGUGGUUCAGUCUUACAAAGCUCCACUUUGACUUUAUGUUUUUUGUUCGCAUUCAGAGAAAAUAUUCCCAUGCUUGCAGUGAUAUCGGGACCCAAACCACACAAGAGGAAAAGAAAAACAGUGAUGUUUGGGUGGCUGCAGCUUUGUAUAUAAUCAACAAAGUCCUCAACCAGCACAAUGGACUUAUUUGCACAUUUUUCAUUGAUUUUAAGGAUCUCGUUAGGAAUACGCUUAGGCCUCGGUCAUUUGACUUGGAUCAGUGGUUACUUUUUGUCACACGAAAAGGUGUUGAAGAAAUUUACCUUAGUCUUAUGGAUGAAGAUGAAUACAGGCUUCCGAAUUGCAUAUUUUCUUGCCCAACACUAAGGAGAUUGCAUCUUAAUAAUGGAAUCUCUGUUGAAUCAAUAAAUGGCCAUUGCACAUUACCAAAUUUCACAUCACUUUGUUUUGAUUAUGUUGACUUUGAUGGUGUUGAUCUUCCGGUUCAGGUUGAUUUUCCUAUGCUCAAGAAUCUCUCAUUUAUGAGAUGUGAUAACAUGUUCAAUGUGAACAUUACUGCUAAAAAACUCGAUAGUUUAACUAUCAACGAUUGCCAUGUUUUCCAACUCCCUAUUAGCUUGGAUUUGAGUUCUGUUCGUACUCUUGAUUUGGAUAAUUAUUCUCUCACGGAUUUUGUUAAAGGAUGUACUAGAAGGGGACUGCAACCACAACCACUUGCACUAAAUGUGGAAUACUUGAUACUGUUGGAAGUAUCAGAAAGCACUUAUUUGACCAGUGACGUUUCUUCAGAAUUCAUUCAUUUGCUUCGAAUAUGUCCAAAAUUAUGUCAACUUGAUUUAAAUUUAUCGAUUUUUGAUGUUUUUCCAAACAAUGACGAAUUUCGUACUGUAGCUCAAAGUCUUAAAAUGCUACAGUAUUUGAAGCUGAUUGAAUUUGAAGCGUUUGAGGAUUGUAUUGUUUUCAUCAAGGAGCUACUUGCUUGCUUUCCGGCACUUGAGGAGGUUGUCAUCACUCGGUCACCAAUGUGCUACAAUGAUGAUGACUUUGAAAAAUACAAGGAGGAGCUUUUGCAUUUUUCUUGUGCCUCUACAAAAGUGAAAAUAGUUAUUAUUGGCUAAGAAUCUUAUUGUACUUGUGUUGAAUUGAAUUUCUGUCUUAUUUAUUCCAUACC